UAAAGGACUGGAGCCCAGGGAGGGGCGGGGGUUAGUUUGCUGCUGCUGCUGCUGCUUUGAGUGAAGAGGAGCCUCAGUGCUGCCUGGUCCUUUGGCUCUGAAAGUUUCUUAUGAGCUGGGAACAGCAAAGAUGGAAGAUGAAAAGAAGAUGGAGGCACAUAACCUUGACUCAGAUCAGGGUCCUUUUUCUGUGACAGAUGACUCAAAUCAACAACCUUUGUGCCAGGAAGCCCCUUCCCCGAAGCUAUCUGUGACUGAACUGAGCAGGGAAUUAGAGUCUAGGAGUGAGCUGAUAGAUGAUAAAGAGUUUGAUAUUCCUCAGGUUGAUACUCCUCCGACACUAGAAAGUAUUUUAAAUGAGACUGAUGAUGAAGAAGAGCCAUUUGUUCUGGAGGACCCUUCUCUUCUAAAUAUUGACAACAUUGACACACACUCGUAUGAUACUUCUUCUGUAGCAAGUUCUGACAGUGGAGACAGGACACACCUCAAAAGGAAGAAGAAGCUUCGUGAUUCUUUCUCUGUUCAUGGCUCAGUUAUACGGCUGUCACUUUUAAAAGGAAUUUCUGCACAAAUAGUGUCUGCAGCAGCCAAAGUGGAUGCUGGCUUACCCACUGCAAUAGCAGCAUCAAGUCUCAUUGCAGUGGGAACAUCCCAUGGUCUAGCACUUAUAUUUGGCAAAGAUCCUAACCAGGCUCUUCGGCUUUGUUUGGGCAGUACUGCAGUUGGAGCACAAUAUGGGGCUAUAUCUGCUCUUAGUAUCAACAAUGAUUGUUCACGACUUCUGUGUGGUUUUGCAAAAGGACAGAUUACCAUGUGGGAUCUGGCCAGUGGAAAGCUUUUGAGAUCCAUAACAGAUGCUCAUCCUCCAGGAACUGCAAUUUUACACAUUAAGUUUACAGAUGAUCCAACUCUAGCAAUUUGCAACGACAGUGGAGGCUCAGUAUUUGAACUGUCAUUCAAGAGAGUCAUGGGUGUGAGAACAUGUGAAUCACGCUGCUUGUUCAGUGGUUCUAAGGGAGAAGUUUGCUGCAUUGAACCUUUGCAUGCAAAGGCCGAGCUGAGAGACCAUCCCAUCACUCAGUACUCUCUGCUAGCGAUGGCUUCUUUAACAAAGAUUCUUGUCAUUGGACUAAAACCAUCUUUGAAAGUGUGGAUGACUUUUCCAUAUGGUCGUAUGGACCCAUCCAGUGUUCCAUUGCUGGCAUGGCAUUUUGUUGCUGUGCAAACAUCUGUGAAUCCUGUGCUUGCCUUCUGUCGGGGAGACGUUGUCCAUUUCCUUCUGGUAAAAAGAGAUGAAUCUGGGGCAAUACAUGUUACCAAGCAAAAACAGCUACAUCUGCACUAUGACCUCAUAAAUUUUACAUGGAUAAACUCCCGCACAGUUGUACUUCUGGACAGUGUGGAAAAGUUGCAUGUGAUUGAUCGUCAAACACAGGAGGAGCUUGAGACUGUGGAAAUCUCAGAAGUUCAGUUAGUUUACAAUAGCAGCCACUUCAAGUCACUGGCAACAGGAGGAAAUGUCAGCCAAGCACUGGCACUGGUUGGAGAGAAGGCUUGCUACCAGUCAAUCAGCAACUGUGGUGGUCAAAUUUUUUAUUUAGGUACAAAGUCUGUUCAUGUGAUGACACUGAGGAGUUGGAGAGAGAGGAUAGAUCAUCUUCUGAAACAAGAAUGCCUUAAUGAAGCACUAGCUCUUGCUUGGUCCUUCCAUGAAGGGAAAGCCAAGGCAGUUGUAGGGUUGUCUGGUGAUGAACACAAACGGAAGGCUGUUGUUGCAGACAGAAUGGUUGAGAUCCUUAUCCAAUAUGCUGAUAGAAUUAUGAAGAAAUGUCCUGACCAGGGUAAAAUCCAAGUUAUGGAGCAACACUUUCAGGAUAUGGUCCCUGUCAUUGUUGAUUACUGCCUGCUGCUUCAGCGGAUGGACCUAUUGUUUAGUCAGAUGUAUGACAAGAUGGCCGAAAACUCUGUGGCAAAGGGUGUCUUCUUAGAGUGUCUUGAGCCUUACAUUAUAAGCGAUAAGUUGGUGGGCAUGACAGCUCAAAUUAUGAAAGAUUUGCUGCUGCACUUUCAAGAUAGGAACUUAAUGGCAAACAUGGAGGCUUGCAUUGUGCAUAUGGAUGUUACCAGUCUAGAUAUACAGCAGGUUGUCCUAAUGUGUUGGGAAAACCGUUUGUAUGAUGCCAUGAUCUAUGUCUACAACAGUGGAAUGAAUGAUUUCAUUACUCCAAUGGAGAAAUUAUUCAAGGUCAUUGCUCACCCACUUAGUGCUGGAAAGUCCCUUUCAGAUGAGCAAGUAAUAAUGGGCAACAAGCUUCUUGUCUAUAUAAGUUGCUGUUUGGCAGGUCGAGCUUAUCCACUGGGCAAUAUUCCUGAAGAUCUGGUACCUUUGGUUAAAAACCAGGUGUUUGAAUUUCUUAUCCGUUUGCACUCAGCUGAGGCACCUGCAGAAGAAGAAGUUUACCCUUAUGUACGUACACUGCUGCACUUUGAUACUCGGGAGUUCCUUAAUGUUCUUGCACUGACAUUUGAGGACUUUAAGAAUGACAAGCAAGCUGUGGAGUAUCAACAGAGAAUUGUGGACAUCCUACUCAAGGUUAUGGUGGAGAAUUCUGAUUUUACCCCAUCACAAGUUGGAUGUCUCUUUACUUUCCUUGCCCGUCAGCUUGCUAAGCCGAACAAUACUCUAUUUGUGAACAGGACACUGUUUGACCAGAUCCUUGAAUUUCUGUGCAGUCCUGAUGAUGAUUCCCGACACUCGGAGAGACAGCAGGUUCUUCUAGAAUUGCUCCAAGCUGGAGGUAUUGUACAGUUUGAAGAGAACAGACUGAUUCAGAUGGCUGAAAAAGCUGAAUUCUACCAAAUUUGUGAAUUUAUGUAUGAACGGGAACAUCGCUACGAUAUGAUAAUUGAUUGCUACCUACGUGAUCCUUUGAGAAAGGAAGAAGUUUUUACAUAUAUCCACAAUAUCCUUUCCAUUCCUGGGCAUAGCACAGAAGAGAAGCAGUCUGUAUGGCAAAAGGCUUUAAAGCACAUUGAGGAACUAAUAUCAGCGAGUCCCUUUAAAGCAGCAGAUCUGAUUUCCAUUCACUUCAGUGAGCAGGUUGAACAAAUAAUUCAAAACUUGCAGGAUCAAUAUUUGCUUUUCCAAUUUUUAAAGAGCCUACUUGACUCAAGGGAAGGUAUCAAUCAAGACUUGCUUCAACUCUCUCCUUCUGUUACUGAACAGUUUAUUGAGUUGCUGUGUCAGUAUGAUCCAGAUCAGGUUUUGGAGACUCUGAAAUUCUUGGAAUCCUACAGGCUGGAAGAGACAAUUCAGGUUGUGCAAAAAUACCAGCUCCAUGAAGCAACUUCUUAUCUACUUGAGAAGAAAGGAGAUAUUCAUGGUGCCUUCUCUGUUAUGCUUGAGUUUCUACAAAGAAAGUUGUUGAUACUUACAAGUGAAGAUGAGAAUUCAAUAAAAGUCCCUUCACUGAAGGAUAUUGAAGACACUUUAGCGAAAACAAUUUCACUUUGCCAGAGGAAUUCACACAAGCUGAAUCAACAGCAGAGAGAAGCACUGUGGUUUCCACUCUUGGAGGCAAUGAUGGCCCCUCAAAGGUUAUCUAGUUCUACAAUGUUGUGCCAUUACUCAGAAUUUUUGAAGAAUUUGACAAUGCAAGUGCUGAACAAUAUGGCAGCAUUCAUUGCAUUACCAUUAAUCUUGCAGAGAAUUUUACAGGAUCCAGUGUACGGAAGAGGAAAACUUGGAGAAAUUCAAGGUCUUGUGCUGGGCAUGCUAGACAGCUUUAAUUAUGAGCAAACUCUUUUGGAGACAACAACCAACCUACUCAACCAUGACCUCCAUUGGUCUUUACGUAAUUUAAAAGCAUCUGUGACUAGAGGGCUCAAUCCCAAGCAAGAUUACUGCUGUAUUUGUCUGCAGCAAUACAAGAGAAGACAAGAGACUGCUGACCAAAUCAUAGUAUUCAGCUGUGGCCAUUUGUACCACUCUCUUUGUCUGAUGAGUAAAGAAUGUGGAACUGAAUCAAAGGGACAGAUAAGAUGGACUUGUUUUAAAUGUAAUGCAAAUCACAAAGGAGGAAAACUAAGUGAAACUUCCUCAGAGUUGAAGAAGGGAACUCCAGUAUCUCUGGCACAGAUCAAUUCAGAGACCCUGUUGGAUCCCCAGCAAGCUCAAGCUUUUGACCAGCUUUGUCGUCUGUACCGAGGAACCUCCAGGUUGGCUCUUCUGACUGAACUUUCUCGAGAUCGUGGUGGUGAAAAACAUGGACUUCUCCAUGUCUCCCAGGGUGAUUCUGCACUCAAUAGUGUCUUCCAGAAUGAGACCUUCCAACUUCACCUCACACCACCGCCUCCUCUUCUGGAUGACUAAUCUUUGCUUGCUAAGACAGUAUGAAAACACUGUGAAAAGUACUAGGUAGUACUCUGGUAUGGCACACCCUGAUUAUGGAAUUGGUUCAGAGGACUUCACUUUGAAUGAAGUAGACAGGACGUUGCCACAAUCCAGAGUCUUGCCAAGGAUCAUUCUUUUUCUUUAUCUUAUUUGCUUAACAAAGCAAAAGGGACAGUUUAAAAUGUGGCUGGGCCUUCUUUCCAGUAGGCUUUGCUGGAAACUGUCAACUACUCUGUUAAACUUAUGCUGUUCCUUGCUGAAGCUGAACACAACAGUACUUGGGACACUAAACCUCAGAGAUAGAGUCUGCAGCAAGACCUUAUUUAAAUAAUUGGAAUGUGUUCCCUUAGAGGAAAAUACCAAGGGAAUACAACAAAUGUCAUUCAUUUAAAGUUGACAUUUCUCAGGCUUCCUUUAACUAUCUCAUUUAAAUUUAGUACAAGCAGUAGAACCCUAAAGUCAUAGUAUGAAUGCAGAAUGUGCAACUAAGCUGCAUGAGACAGAAUUGCCAAGGACAGCCCAUUUGCCAGAACUCUUGAGAUUGUUUUCUCAAACGUUCUUCCUCUGAUUUCAGUCAUACGUAAGUGGGUGACAAUUGAUAGUGCCCCCCCCCCAAUAGUGGGUCAGAAAAGUUUACUGUGGCUAAUCCUAUUCUAGGAAAAUAUCACUUAUAAGCAUCAGAAAUCCUGAUAACAAUGUACAUUGCAGUAUACAAUUCAGCCAACUUGACAGUGUCAACUAUUUGAUGCCACUAGUAUAUCUUCUGAGGCCUGCACUAGUUGUGUGCCAGCAUUUCUACAGUGAUCACAGUGUUUUUCAUGUAGCAAAAGAAAACAGCACAUUCAUCAUUUAUGAUGGAUGCUGCCACUUUAGAGUCACUGAGCUGCAUGGAAAGGACAUCCUCUUUCAUUGUAUCUUGCCCCCACCCUAGUCCAUUUAUCUGUAAUGAACUCAGUACUGAAUUAAAGGAAGGGAUUCAGAUGAUUGUCAGUGUUCUUUCCUCUCUCUCUCUGCCUUCUGUGCUGAAAAUUAACAACCUGGUAUUUAGGAAUGGAAGGUAAAUGGUUCUUGAUUCCCACAUAAUAUUACAGAAGUUACCCAUCAGCAUCCUGUGUAAUGUAUCUACAUCUCUAAAAGCUGGCAGCUGGCAGCAUCUUUCCUUGCCUGUUGCAGGGGACUACCUGUUUUCAUGACAUCUGUCAAUAUAUGUAGCAAAUGUAGAUGAAAUGGUACACGAAGACCAGCAGUUCCCUCCUUGCACCUCUGUUACAGGGUGUAGGAUCAAGCGUUGAUGGUACUGUAUGCUGCAACUCUCUUGUGUUUUCUUAUUUAGUGUUCCACAUUAGUGUUUCUUGUAGGGACAUUUCUGCAUCAUUAAAGGUGUAAACAUUUCAGUGAGUGAUCCUGGUAGAAACCAUGUGUUGUCAGCCAUUGUCUCUUUUCACCCACUUUGUGCAGUACUUUGUGUAUGCUCUUUUUACUAAUUGAUGCUUAAGAACUAUGGUGAUGUGAACAGUUUGAUGUAAAAAUACUUAUUUGAAUCUCUUGUAUAGGAAGUACUUCCUUAAAUAGCUCCUUUUAACAAGGCAUCCAUUCACAUGAGGUUGCAUGUGAAAUAUGUGUUGAUCGCGCCCAUACACACAUCUGCGCAUUACUCACGCUAGAAGUAUAUAUUUUCUGUGAACAAAAUGUGGGAAGUUACACUAUUUAAAACAUUCCUUGAUGUUUGAUUAUUGUGGAUAGAGAAAAUGAGGUAUCAAUUUUCUGGUUCCAUCCUUUUUAUUUAGAUAAGUUUCACCUGCUUAAACAAAUCUUCAACUUGUUCCUUGAUUACAACAGACUUGAAAAGCAGACAUGAUAAUGCUAUGAAUAUAUCAUUUUUCUUAAGCCCAAAUGUAAGUAUAAAUAUGUAUGAAUACUUCUGCUGUCUCUGCAUUACUAACAAUAUGAAUUGACACCUCUCAAGUUUUUCCAUGCAAAAUAUAAUCAAGCAAGAUUACUUAAAGCAGGUGAUUGCUGACUUUAAAGGAAAAACAAAAAAUAUGCUUCUAGUAAAGAGGAUGUCACAAUCUCAGUCAACAGCUGCUAGCAUGCUAGUAAGAAAGGUGUUUGUAGUUGAUAAUUUAGAUUAAACUGCCAAUUAUCACAAUGGUCUACAGUGCAACAAUACCUAAACUUUUGUGUACCCCCAGCUUGCAGUCAUGGGGAAAAUAAUUAGAAAAUAGCAACUAAAACGGUUCAGGGGCUGGAGUGACUACCCAUUGAAUAAAGGUAUUUGAUAUUUGGGCCUGAUUUCAUUUUGUAGGAAGGCAGGUAUGAAUAAUAGAAUGAUGAAGUUGGAAGGGAUCACAAAUGCCAUCCAGCUCAACCCCCUGCCAUAUAAGAAUACACUACCAAAGCACUCCUAAGAGAGCCAUUCAACCUGUUUAAAGACCUCCAAAGAAGGAGAGCCAACAAGUCUCCAAGGCUGUCUAUUCUGCUGCCAAAUAGAUCUUGCAGUCAAGUUCUCUCUAACAUUUAAUCUCUUUUCCUAAUUUGAAUGCAUUGUUUCAUGUUCUAAUGUCUAGUGUGUAGAGUAGUGAAGCAUGAAAAAUGUAGAAACUACUCUAAAAAUCUACUUAUCUAAGUACUUAGAAUCAUAGAAUCUUAUGGCAUUAGGGAGUGGGGAUUUCAGUGGUAAAUCUGUGUGAAAAACUGUUGGAGAGUGGCAUGAUGUUAUGUGUGAAUAUGUGUGGGUUAUAUAUAUAAGGUGGCCCCACCUAUCUCUAGCAUGCAGCCCUGAAUGGAUCUUCACAAGGCAAUGCAGCUAUUAGUCAUCCCAUUCCUGUUUUGAAGGAGUAGACCGAUUCAUGGUGAGAAUGUUAUCAAUAACUUCAAACUGUGAUGACUCUAUCCUUUCUCCAGGUUCAACAUCAGCAUGUAUCUGAAUAUAAUUGCAGGGAAGAAAAAUGAAAGUUGAACACACGGAGAUCUCUUGGCCACUGCAGGAUCCCUAAAUGGUCUUCAGUUUCAAGGCUGGAGAUAAAACUUUGGCGGGAAAAAUUCCCCUGAAAGCAUUAUUCAUUGGCAAGCCAUUUUAUGAGAUGGGAUUGAGAUGCAAGUCUGCCAUCCUUUGUAUCUUCAAAUGCCCUUCAGAAACGAUGUUUUGGGUGUCCUUUCUGUUUCCCCGCUCCAAACUUAAACUAGUUCCUUUUCGAGGUGGGAAAAGUUUUCUUUCUCCAACCUUGGAUGGUAAUUCAGGUAUUAAAGACUUUUGCUCAGAAUACCUUUGUGUGUGUGUUUGUGUGUGUUCACAAACUACUUUCUUGUGUUUAAGAAAUGAGCUCUUUUGGAACAUAAAUGACUGGGAAGAAUAGGUGUAAAUGAGCUAAGGUAGGAGUAGACAGCAUUUGCUCUCUGAUUAUUGUGGACUUCAGUUCCCAUAAGCUGCAGCAAAUAUGAUGAGUGGCCAAGAAUUGUAGACACUGUAGGUCAGAGCAUCUUCGGGUC